UUUGUAGCAACUUUGCACCAGGUCCUUAUCCACGAAUCAUUGCAUAUGUGCCUCCAGUUUCUUCUAGAAUUAAUCUAUAUUCAGUAUCGAACAGUCUGGUUGGAUUCUUGCUGAAUGUAAUUUUAGGCUGAAAACAUGAGUCCGCAUUUUGUCCAGUGACACCACAUGAAGCUUAAGUUGACUAAUGACUUGGCUUAAAACAAUUUGACCGUUCUACACUUUAUCAAAUGCUUCCACAUGAAAAUAUAUUAAUCAAAUGCUAUAUUUGGCUGUCCUUUCUAAACGAGUUAUUAAAAUAUUGGAAAAUAUGUUACUAGUAAAGAAAUAUUUCGAAUAUUUUAAAUCAGAUUUGUAUCUUAUGUUUGCUUUAGGUAAUCAGGGAUGAAACGUGUCAAAUUGAGGCAAUUUCAAUUUAGUUAUAUUUUUCUUUGAUCCUUCUUUUCUUUCUUUUGCUGACUACUCUUACUUGAUAUAUUUGGUCCUGUUUGAAAUGGAUAAAUUUGGUAGACAAUUUGCAGGAAUUACACCUAUUUGGCUAUUUAUGUGAAAGUCAAGUCAUGAAAUUCCAGUGUUUCAUACUGGGCAUACUAAGGGAGUGAUGGCAACUUGUUUUUUAUCUUGUUAGAAACUUUCAUCUACUAUGUGCAGAAGAGGGAGGUUUUUAUUGUGGCAUCAUCUUAAAUCUUAAGAUUAUAUGGAAAGUAAGAGAUGAAAGGGGUUGCACACUUACACUAGAAAAAUAUUUGUGAGGUAAAAUUUAUGAGGUGGCUAUAUUGCUGGUUUUUAAAGUUUUCAUUGAUAUUGGAGCCUAAUACCCAAUAAUAUUUACUUCCUCUGUAUUAUUGAUUGGUAUGGGAGCCUAAUAGCCCAAUAAUAUUUAUUGCAGUACUGAGCACGGACGCAGGAUGAUGUAUGAUUGGAAGUCUAAACUUUAUGCUUAUACAAUAUGGAUUGUUGAUAGUCAAUAUUUUUGCCAAAUCAAAACCAUGUUUCCCCAAACAUUUACAGAACAGCCCUAUGUAUUUCUUUACUAUUAUAGCAUUUUUCUAUUCAUUACUCAUGUCUCCAUCUUAUUUGAUACGUAUUAUUUAUGGUUCAGGACGAACAAGUGAAUGAAAGGAAAAUAUCACAGUUGAAGUCAUUUGCGAGUAAAGCAAUCGAGAGAAAUGAUUACAUUUCUGCAUCAGCGUUCUAUACCAAGGCAAUAGAUGUUGACCCUAACGAUGCAACCUUGUUCUCAAACAGGAGCCUUUGUUGGCUCCGCACUGGUGAUGGACCAAAGGCUCUGUUGGACGCUCUUCACAGCAGAGAAAUGCGGCCUGACUGGCCAAAGGCCUGCUACCGGCAGGGCGCAGCUCUGAUGUUACUGAAGGACUACAAGAGCGCAUGCGAAGUGCUUCUUGAUGGAUUCAAGUUGGACCCAGAAAAUGCCGAGAUGUGCAUUACGGGAAGCGAUGGAAUCUUUGAAGAUAUCAAAAGGCAACACCAAGGCAACAUGAGCUGAACUUGAGCUUGCACUUGUGUUGACGAUGGAUGAAGACCAAGUCACCUCUCGUGAAAAAAAAACGCCAUCCUCUAUUCAACUCAAGUCAUGACCGGUGAAAUAUUGCAAAGCCUUUUUUCAUUGUGAAGUUGCUUUCUUGCACUAGUGUGGAGCAAUACAUGCUCGAGAUGUUUGAAUAACUUGCUUGGUGGAUAAUGGAAGUGCUCGUUUGUUAUCUUUA